ACAAACUUGCUAUCAAUGACCCACGGGGUUAUCUGUUUCAUAACUAGAUUGAAAAAUAAUGUUUGUUACACAGUGCGUGAAGAAGAAAACAGCAUGACUAUUCUAAGACUAGCAAAACUCUUGUUGUUCUACAUAAUUUUCUACGCUUGUCUGGCGGCUUUUGCUGCUUUGAUGUUCAAAAUCUUCUUAAACACGCUGGAUAGCAACAAACCUAAAUGGACACUCGAUGAAUCUUUGAUAGGAACGAAUCCAGGUAUCACGGUCAGACCAGUCCUAAAUGACAAUCCCAUCGAGUACCGAGCAGGCGAUUCCGACUAUAUGCGCAUGUGGAACGAAAAAUUGACCGAGUUUUUAGAACCUUAUUUGUCUGGAACGAGAUCGGAAAAUGUGCAAAAUUGCUUCCACCAGCAGUAUCCGGAUUCAGGUAAAGUGUGCAACGUUAAAUUAACGUCGGAGUUUACGCCAUGCUUGCCUCCCUACAAUUUCGGCUUUGAUUUCGACAAUUCGGACAAAGGGCCUUGUAUUUUUUUGAAACUCAACAAAAUUUUCGACUGGGUUCCAAAAUAUUACCACAAGGAGAACAUACCAGCUGAUAUGCCCACGGAACUGGCGCAAAAAAUCAUUAAUGCGGAAUUAGUAAACCAGCAUGAUAAAAUUUGGGUGGACUGUAGACCGAAUAAUGUUUCGGAUGUUGGGAAUUUAGGUGAUGUUAGCUAUUAUCCGCAACAAGGGUUCGAAGGGAAAUAUUUUCCCUAUACUAACGUCGAGGGUUAUUUGAGUCCUCUAGUGGCCGUCCAUUUUGAAAAGCCGAAGCGUGGAAUUCCCUUCGACAUUGUAUGUAAGGCUUGGGCAGCCAAUAUCCAACACGACCGAAAAUACAAUAAAGGACUAGUCCGAUUUACUCUACAUGUGCAUUAGUACUUAAUAAAUAAUCUAAAUAAUAUUAUAAGCGAAUUUUAUUAAAUAAAUUCUAUUUGUUCUAA